UUUUUUUUUAUUUGUCCAAAUUGAUGUCUCAUAUUUUUUUUUUUUUACACAAAGUGUAUUUAAUUAAAUUAAUUAUUAUAAAUUAAUUAAUCAAUAAUUUUGUUUUAUUAAAUUAAUCAAUAUGUAUGACAGCGAAGACAUUGAAAAUGAAAAUGAUGACGAUGGAAUAUCACCAGAACUUUGGGAUGAAGUAUGUUGGAUUGUCAUAAAUGCAUAUUUUGAUGACAAAGGUCUUGUUCGUCAACAGCUUGACAGUUUUAAUGAAUUUAUUGAAAUGACAAUACAACGUAUUGUUGAAAAUACACCAGAAAUUGAACUACAAGCUGAGGUACAACAUAGAUCUGGUGAAAUUGAACAUCCAGUGAAACAUACAAUUAAAUUUGAACAAAUAUAUUUAUCAAAACCAACACACUGGGAAAAUGAUGGUACACCAAUUCCAAUGGCACCAAAUCAAGCACGUCUACGUAAUUUAACAUACUCAGCACCAUUAUAUGUUGAUAUUGUUAAAACAAUAAAAAGUACUAAAAAUGAUAAUAAUGGUGAAAGUGUUGAAGAAAUACAAAAAGAAACAAAACAUGAAAAAACAGUUAUUGGAAAAGUUCCAAUAAUGUUAAGAUCAAAAUUUUGUGCAUUACAUGAAUUAAAUGAACGUGAUUUAACUGAAUUAAAUGAAUGUCCAUUAGAUCCUGGUGGUUAUUUUAUAAUAAAUGGUUCUGAAAAAGUACUUAUUGCACAAGAAAAAAUGGCAACAAAUACUGUUUAUGUAUUUGGUAUGAAAGAUGGUAAAUAUGCAUAUAAAGCUGAAAUACGUUCUUGUCUUGAACAAAGUUCACGUCCAACAUCAACAUUAUGGGUUAAUAUGAUGGCUAAAACAAAUUCAGUUAAAAAAUCAGCAAUUGGACAACGUAUUGUUGCUAUAUUACCAUAUAUUAAACAAGAAAUACCAAUAAUGAUUGUAUUUCGUGCUCUUGGUUUUGUUGCUGAUCGUGAUAUACUUGAGCAUAUUGUUUAUGAUUUUGAUGAUUCAGAAAUGAUGGAAAUGAUUAAAGCAUCAUUUGAUGAAGCUUUUGUUGUACAAGAACAAUCUGUUGCAUUAAAUUUUAUUGGUACACGUGGUGCUAAACCAGGUGUUACUAAAGAACAACGUAUUAAAUAUGCACGUGAUAUAUUACAAAAAGAAAUGCUACCACAUGUUGGUGUUAGUGAUUUUUGUGAAACUAAAAAAGCAUAUUAUCUUGGUUAUAUUGUUAAUCGUGUAAUAUCAGCAGCACUUGGUAGACGUGAACUUGAUGAUCGUGAUCAUUAUGGUAAUAAACGUCUUGAUUUAGCUGGACCAUUAUUGGCAUUUUUAUUUCGUGGUUUAUUUCGUAAUUUAACAAAACAAAUACGUAUGUAUGGACAAAAAUUUAUUGAUCGUGGAAAAGAUUUUAAACUUGAGCUUGCACUUAAUACAAAAAUAAUAACUGAUGGUAUACGUUAUUCAUUGGCAACUGGUAAUUGGGGUGAUCAAAAAAAAGCACAUCAAGCACGUGCUGGUGUAUCACAAGUAUUAAAUAGACUAACAUAUGCAUCAACAUUAUCACAUUUACGUCGUGUUAAUUCACCAAUUGGACGUGAUGGUAAAUUAGCUAAACCACGUCAAUUACAUAAUACAUUAUGGGGUAUGCUAUGUCCGGCUGAAACACCAGAAGGUGCUGCUGUUGGUUUAGUUAAAAAUUUAGCAUUAAUGGCAUAUAUUAGUGUUGGCUCACAACCAGCUCCAAUACUUGAAUUUUUAGAAGAAUGGUCAAUGGAAAAUCUUGAAGAAAUUGCACCAAGUGCCAUUAAUGAUUCAACUAAAAUAUUUGUUAAUGGUUGUUGGGUUGGUGUACAUCGUGAUCCAGAUCAAUUAAUGACAACAUUACGUAAAUUACGUCGUCAAAUGGAUAUUAUUGUAUCUGAAGUAUCAAUGGUACGUGAUAUACGUGAUCGUGAAAUACGUAUUUUAACUGAUGCUGGUAGAAUAAGUAGACCAUUAUUAAUUGUUGAAAAUCAACAAUUAUUAUUACGUAAACGUCAUACAAAUAUGUUAAAAAAACGUUCAUCAGAUCAUGAUAGAUGGCAAGAAUUAGUUAGUAAUGGUGUUGUUGAAUACAUUGAUACAAUGGAAGAAGAAACAGUUAUGAUUGCAAUGACACCAAAUGAUUUAAAUUCUACACAUCGUGAUGAAUAUUGUUCAACAUAUACACACUGUGAAAUACAUCCGUCAAUGAUACUUGGUGUAUGUGCAUCAAUAAUACCAUUUCCUGAUCAUAAUCAAAGUCCAAGAAAUACAUAUCAAAGUGCUAUGGGUAAACAGGCAAUGGGUAUGUAUGCAACAAAUAUACAUACACGUAUGGAUACACUUGCACAUUCAUUGUAUUAUCCACAAAAGCCACUUGUUACAACACGUUCAAUGGAAUAUUUAAGAUUUCGUGAGCUACCAGCUGGUAUUAAUAGUAUUGUUGCUAUUUUAUGUUAUACUGGUUAUAAUCAAGAGGACAGUGUUAUCAUGAAUGCAAGUGCUGUUGAACGUGGAUUUUUUCGUUCAGUAUUUUAUCGUUCAUAUAAAGAUGUUGAGUCAAAAAUGAAUCAUGAUCAAGAGGAAAUAUUUGAAGUACCAUCAAGAGAAACAUGUCAAGGUAUGCGUAAUGCUGUUUAUGAUAAAUUAGAUGAUGAUGGUAUAAUAUCACCUGGUGUACGUGUAUCUGGUGAGGAUGUUAUUAUUGGUAAAACAAUAUUACUACCAGAUAAUGAUGAUGAAGAUUUAGCAGCAACAACAAAACGUUUUGUAAAACGUGAUGCAUCAACAUUGUUACGUAGCAGUGAAUCUGGUACUACUGAUCAAGUUAUGAUAACACUAAAUGGUGAUGGUUAUAAAUUUUGUAAAAUACGUGUUAGAAGUGAAAGAAUACCACAAAUUGGUGAUAAAUUUGCAUCACGUCAUGGACAAAAAGGUACAUGUGGUAUGCAAUAUAGACAAGAAGAUAUGCCAUUUACAAGUGAAGGUAUGACACCAGAUAUUAUUAUAAAUCCUCAUGCAAUACCAUCACGUAUGACAAUUGGACAUUUAAUUGAAUGUUUACUUGGUAAAGUAUGUGCAAAUAAAGGUGAAAUUGGUGAUGCAACACCAUUUAGUGAUGGUGUUAAUGUUAAAAAAAUAUCACAAAUGUUACAAGCAUAUGGUUAUCAAUUGAAUGGUAAUGAAAUUAUGUAUAAUGGUUUUACUGGAAGAAAAAUUAAUGCACAAGUAUUUAUUGGACCAACGUAUUAUCAACGUUUAAAACAUAUGGUUGAUGAUAAAAUUCAUAGUAGAGCAAGAGGACCAGUACAAAUACUUGUACGUCAACCAAUGGAAGGACGUGCUAGAGAUGGUGGUUUACGUUUUGGUGAAAUGGAACGUGAUUGUCAAAUAUCACAUGGUGCUGCACAAUUUUUAAGAGAAAGAUUAUAUAAUGUUUCUGAUCCAUAUCGUAUACAUGUUUGUGAUUUAUGUGGUUUAAUUGCAAUUGCUAAUUUACGUAGUCAAGCAUUUGAAUGCAAAGGAUGCAAAAAUAAAUCACAAAUAUCACAAGUUCAACUUCCAUAUGCUGCUAAGCUAUUAUUCCAGGAACUCAUGGCUAUGAGUAUUUCACCAAGGCUCAUGACUAUUUCAUAAAAUUUAAAUUACAGUUUGAUUUUCAUGUUACUUGUUCUUUUUUUUUUUUUUUUGUAUUUAAAAAAUAUUCAACAUUAUUAAUUAAGUUUAUAUUUAUAUCAGGAUUUUUGGCUUCUUAUCAAAUAAAAUAUGAAAAUAAGGAA